AUCAUAAAAGCUCGCGAGGAAGAGAAGUCAGGUAGUUUUGGUUUUGGUAGUCGGGACAGCAAGAGCUCGAGAUGACUCUAACGACAGUGAUCGCUCGUUUGUUGAUUGCGAGCGGCAUGCUCGGCCUCGCGAACUCUGCCUUUCAAAAUCUAUCUUGUCCAGAAAAGAAUGGCAGAUUUGCUGUUGCAUCUCAAUGCGACGCAUACAUAGAAUGCAAAGAUGGGAUUCCGGAACAAAUGUUAUGCCCUGAUGGAUUAUUGUUUAAUCCAAAUGUCAGAUAUAACUACCCUUGUGGAUAUCCUAUAGAUGUGGAUUGUGAGGGAAGACCUAACCGACAACUUGCACAAUCAACUGAUGAAUGUCCACAUCAGUACGGUUAUUUCAAGCUGGGUGACGAACGGGAUUGUGGAAAAUUCAUGACCUGUGUUGAAGGAAGAGCGCACAUUUUCCACUGUCCAGAGGGAUUGGCGUACAGUUCUGAAUUUUAUCGUUGCGACUGGCCUGAUCAAGUACCAGACUGUAAUCCUGAAGAGUUCUUAGGAUUUCGAUGUCCAAAUUAUCUUGAUAAGGGGCAUCAGUACGGGUUUUCAUUUUACCCAAGUCCUCACGACUGUCAGCGCUAUUACUUAUGCAUAAACGGUCGUCCACGAUUGCAAAUUUGUGGCGCCGGGAAACUUUUCAGUAAGCUGAAAAAUAUAUGUGAUGAUGCAGAGAACGUCACUGAUUGUGAACCAUUGGCAUUAUCAUCUGAACAUAAGAGGACGGUAGUCCCACAAUCCAUAAGUGUAGACAAUAAUACUCAGGAGUCUAUUGACUGAUGAAUAGACUUGUAAUAUUUUAAUGUUACAUCUUAAUUUAACGAAUAUAUAAAUUAUUGUAAAAAUGAUAUAGUUGGCGCGGAACUGUACACCAAAUAAUUUUCAAAUAAAGCAGUCUAUUAAAAAAAAUAUAA